AUGCUCAAGCCUGUGCCAGAUAACCUCUGCCCUCAGGAACAGCCCAGUCCAUUACCUGGGAACAGGAUCGAGACCGAAGAAGAGGACGAGGAGCCAUUUGUUUUUGUGGUCCGUGGACCUGUCCCAGGAUGGCCCUCGCAGGCCAAGAGCCGGAGUCGGGAGGUCACAGGAGAACAACCCGGGUCACAGCUGGUCGACAUCCAAAUCCCCAUCGUCUCCCUGCUACGUUGGGAGGGGCUGCUACCUCCUGGAUCGGGGGUGUGA